UGUUGACGCCUGCUUCCCGGUUUUGACAUCAGCUCUGUGCGAAUAUAAAACCAUGACCCCGGAAGUCUCCUCCAUCAAUCUCUGGAAGCCGGACACCAAACCCUCCUCCCAUUCCCGCCUGAUCCCCACCUUCAAAUUCCGUCUGGCCCAGGUCUUCGCCAUGCACCCUUACACCGUCCCGUGGACCUCCCUGACCACGCCCCCACCGGUGGACUUCCCGCUGGCCGUGCACUCUGCCGGCGUCAUCACCGGCCUGUUAUUCUGCUUCACGGUGUGGGCCGGCGGUUUAGCUACGGUGUACCGGCAGCAGUUAAGCCGGCUGGAGUUCUUCAGUCUGGUGUCGUUCCUCUUCAAGAUGGUCAUCUAUCUCCAGGGCCCGGUUUUGUUGAUCGUGGGGAUCUUCAAGUCCCGCCAGUUACCGGUGUUGGUAGAACGUCUGGAGCGGAGUUUGGGCACGGUGGUGCCGCGGGAUGUGAUGUUGUGCCGUAAUUGUUUCCGGGCGCUGAUUGCGCUGUGGACGGUCGCGUACGUUGCGCUGUGUUUAUUCUCGUAUGUCUACGCGUUCCGCAAUAUUGCUGGGUUGAUUAACGAGAUCGUCACGGGUUAUCUGCGCGGGAUUCAUCUGUAUAAUGGUCCGCCGGCGCCCGACUACACCUUCACACUGGUCAUGGGCGUGAUGAUCGGCAUCGGAUUAAUCUGCGAGACCUUCCCGGUGCUGUUCGUCAUGACGCUGCUCCGCGAAAUCAAACGCGGCUUCGGGAAUAUUAAUAAAGAAUUACACCGGCUGCGGCACAAUCCAGAGAGUGUGGAGGUGGAGGUGGGGGCGCUGCGGAAACAGUAUCGCACUCUGCAGUGCCAUGUGCUGGACGUGGAUGCCGCCUUUGCGCCCAUGAUUCUCGUACAGUGCAUCCGGGAGUUUAUCGGCUGUAUUGCCAUUCUGGGGGCGUUGAUGCAGUUUAACCUGGAGCGGGUCGGCGAUGCGGCGUCCCAGAUUAUCGACGAUUCGACCAAGCAUAUGGUGUUUGGGUUCGGGAUCAUGGGCGUGGUUAAUAUGAUUAUUAAGAUGUACGUUGCGGUGUCCACGCACGACGAGGCGCAGAAAGUGCGCAUUAACCUGCGGAAAAUCCUGGCACGGGCACGCUCUGCCGCCUUCAUAUCGGAAUGCAAAGAUUUUCUAUCGGAAUGCGAAAAGACGGACGGUGCCGUUUCAGCUGGAGGAUUCUUAUACAUUACGAAAGAAUCCGCUGCAACGUUGGUGGAAAUGAUUAUCACCUACGCCAUUCUCAUCUAUCAGGCCCGUGACACCAAACAAGACAUCGCUAAUUUACCUACGCGAGCGGAUCUGCGGUCACUGCAUGCGGAGAUGCGAGAGCGCACGCAUUUAUGCACGCUAUUGUCCAGUAAUGUCUCGGCAAAGAGCGGAGAUCUGUCCACGUCAUCAGCGAAUGAAAGCCGCCAUAUAUCAUAA